AUGCCCCCAAAGAGAACCAGGAAAAGAUUGGGGUCCAGGGCGGAGGGGAGCGCGGACUCUGGGCUGGGGAUGGUGGAUCCUCUGCAGGAGCAGAAGAACGAGAAGAUCCGACUCUUCAUGGACGACUUCAUACAGCAGAGUGAAGAACGUAUGAAGGAGGUGAAGAAGGAGCUGGAGGUCCUCGGCAUGCUCCCAGACCAGAUCCUGGAAGUGGAGCUUCUGAAGAUGCCAAUGUCCUUAAGACAGAUGAAGGUUGGAGAAUAUAACAAGCUGAUGGAGUUGAACAAGACGGACUUGGCUCCUGUAGUGAAGGUGGACAGUCUGGAUGAGGAGCUGCGAGAGGCCAAACUUGUAAGAAAAACCAGCAGGAAAGUGAAGAUGACCACGUCUGUGGAAUAUCAUGAAGCUGUCAGCUCUAAAGCGAUGACCACGAUGCAGAAGAACAGGACCAUCCAAAAGAUUCCAAAAAGUAAAUCUCUUGUUUCGAUAACUAAUGACGCUGGGAAGAAAACAACAUCUCUUACAAGGUCGAUAUCUGCCACUCCACUAAAUAAAGCUCCCAUGAAGAUGACGUUGGCUUCGUCCUUCAGACCUGUAUCCUCGGCCUCCAGAACGGCGACAGCCCCUUCCACCCGCUCCUCGAGAAAACGCUGCAUGUCGUCACUGAGCGAUAACUUCCCGCUGCAUGAAGGCCUUCCUUUCGUACAUAUACCCUUGGUGGAUGGGCAGACCUUAUCCUCGGCGUAUGAUGACCUGGAUACCCUGGAUGUGGAGCUGCUCAGAGAAGACACCGUGCAGCACAUACAGACCCUUGUGGGUCAGCUCACUAACCUGUAUGCCAAAGCUUCAACGCAGCACCUUGCAGGUGGCCAUGUGUGA